AUGGGGAUGGCGGGGAGAAGGGGGGCAAGCUUGGAGGUCCAGGGGGAGGCAGGAGGGGAACUGCAGCACAAGGUCCCCCACCCUUCUCCUCCCUCCCCCUGCUGCGGGUGCAGCAGUGGGGGGGGAGGGGAUCUGCGGCACCAGCCCUCCCCCCCCCCCCCCCCCUUCCAUGGGGAUGGCGGUUGCGGCAGUGGGCAGUGGGGGGGAGGGGAUCUGCCAUCCCCCUGCAGUGGGGGAGGGUAUGGGGGUGGCGGACAUUUUGAUGGGCUCCUUUCCUCCCCUCUCUUCUACUCAACCGCCCUCCAUUUCCUCACCUCUCUCCCUCUCAACUGCCCUCUCUUUCCUCCCCUCUCUCCCACUCAACUGCCCUCUCUUUCCUCCCCUCUCUCCCACUCAACUGCCCUCCCUUUCCUCCCCUCUCUCCAACUCAAUUGCCCUCCCUUUCCUCCCCUCUCUCCCACUCAACUGCCCUCCCUUUCCUCCCCUCUGUCCCACUCAAAUGCCCUCCCUUUCCUCCCCUCUCUCCCACUCAACUGCCCUCCCUUUCCUCCCCUCUAUCCCACUCAACUGCCCUCCCUUUCCUCCCCUCUCUCCCACUCAACUGCCCUCCCUUUCCUCCCCUCUCUCCCACUCAACUUCCCUCCCUUUCUUCCCCUCUAUGCCACUCAACUGCCCUCUCUUUUCUCCCCUCUCUCCCACUCAAAUGCCCUUUCUUUCCUCCCCUCUCUCCCACUCAACUUCCCUCCAUUUCGUCCCCUCUCUCCCUCUCAAUUGCCCUCCCUUUCCUCCCCUCUCUCCCACUCAAUUGCCCUCCUUUUCCUCCCCUCUCUCCCACUCAAUUGCCCUCCCUUUCCUCCCCUCUCUCCCACUCUACUGCCAUCCCUUUCCUCCCCUCUCUCCCACUCAAAUGCCCUCCUUUUCCUCCCCUCUCUCCCACUCAAAUACCCUCCUUUUCCUCCCCUCUCUCCCACUCAACUGCUCUCCCUUUCUUCCCCUCUAUGCCAAUCAAUUUCCCUCUUUUUCUUCCCCUCUCUCCCACUCAACUGCCCUUUCUUUCCUCCCCUCUCUCCCAAUCAACUUGCUUUUCUUUCCUCCCCUCUCUCCCACUCAAAUUCCCUCCAUUUCCUUCCCUCUCUCCCACUCAAUUGCCCUAAAUUUCCUCCCCUAUCUCCCACUCAACUGCCCUCCCUUUCCUCCCCUCUCUCCCACUCAACUGCCCUUCCAUUCCUCCCCUAUCUCCCACUCAACUGCCCUCCUUUUCGUCCCUCCCUCCCACUCAACUUCCCUCCCCUUCCUCCCCUCUCUUCCACCCAACUGCCCUCCAUUUCCUCCCCUCUCUCCCACUUAACUGCCGUCCCUUUUCUCACCUCUCUUCCACCCAACUGCCCUCCAUUUCCUCCCCUCUCUCCCACUCAACUACCCUCCCUUUCCUCCAAUCUCUCCCACUCAACUGCCCUCCCUUUCCUCCCCUCUCUCCCACUCAACUUCCCUUUCUUUCCUCCCCUCUCUCCCACUCAACUUCCCUCCAUUUCCUCCCCUCUCUCCCUCUCAAUUGCCCUCCCUUUCCUCCCCUCUCUCCCACUCAAUUGCCCUCCUUUUCCUCCCCUCACUCCCACUCAAUUUCCCUCCCUUUCCUCCCCUCUCUCCCACUCUACUGCCAUCCCUUUCCUCCCCUCUCUCCCACUCAAAGGCCCUCCCUUUCCUUCCCUCUCUCCCACUCAACUGCCCUCCGUGUCCUCCCCUCUCUCCCACUCAACUGCUCUCCCUUUCUUCCCCUCUAUGCCACUCAAUUUCCCUCUCUUUCUUCCCCUCUCUCCUACUCAACUGCCCUUUCUUUCCUCCCCUCUCUCCCACUCAACUUGCCUUUCUUUCCUCCCCUCUCUCCCACUCAACUUCCCUCCAUUUCCUUCCCUCUCUCCCACUCAAUUGCCCUCCCUUUCCUCCCCUCUCUCCCACUCAACUGCCCUCCCUUUCCUCCCCUCUCUCCCACUCAACUGCCCUCCCAUUCCUCCCCUCUCUCCCACUCAACUGCCCUCCUUUUCGUCCCCUCCCUCCCACUCAACUGCCCUCCCCUUCCUCCCCUCUCUUCCACCCAACUGCCCUCCAUUUCCUCCCCUCUCUCCCACUUAA